ACCAUAACCAACGAGCGUGAGGAAGAAAGGGACAGCGAUAGUAUAUGGAGGAACAGUAGAAAAAUAGAGUCCAUCUGCCUGACCAUGCUAGACCAUACAUCUCAUCCAUUCCGCUUGUUCUUAGCAAUAUCUAAGAAACCGUUAUUGGCGCACGCUAUCCAUCUAUUCGCAGAUGUUCCUGCAAAACGAAAAAACGAGAACAAGGGACAAGAAGGAGUGGUUAAUAUGUCUACAACGCACUGCAGUUUGCAGGCGGUAGGACAUCUCCCUUCGCCUCCAGGCCAUGUGAAUGCACCGGUAAUAUUGCGUUCCAAGGAGUGGAAGGAAAACGGAAAACCGUAUCUGAUACUAUUGAGCGUUCUGUAUCCGUUCUGUUGAGGAUACCAAAGGCAUAAUAAUCUAGAUUGGACAUGAUCGAGAUCCUCCUUUGCUCCUUCCUUUGAGAUGGCAAGGCUGAGUUCACCGUCUUCCCAUUUCAAAUGUGACACAGUUUUUGGUCGUGGCCGUUUUUCA